UGCUUAAAAACUGAAAAAUUCCCCUCCCGUUUCAUGACUGCGAAAUGCGCGUCCCCGACAGCGGAAGUUGCAGACAGAGCUCUUGGUCUGGUGAACCCGUGAAAAAAGAUAACCGUGGUGGAGCGGAAAAAAUGCUUUUACGUGGAAUAAAACAGCUAUAUAUCCCUCUCUUUGUGACUAGAACUGCCUGAACAGCGAGAGUGUGUGUGUUUCGGACCAGGGUGACUGUGUGUGAAGAAUACACUCUGUGUUUGCGAGGCCCUGUAGGUGACUCCUCCAGACCCCAGAGUGAGGAUUGUGUGUGACAAUGGGGGACAUCAGUGAUCUGGACAGACGGAUAGAACAACUUAAGCGUUGUGAACUCAUCAAGGAAAAUGAAGUCAAAGCACUGUGUGCCAAGGCCAGAAUCUCCCUGUAACACAGAGGGUGGAUUCUCCAGUUACUACCGACUCAGAUUAAGUCUGAGGCCGGUAACAUCAACAGUGAGGACAAACCCAGCCUGCCUCUCUCCUUCCACACUGAGUCCAAACCUACAGUCACUGGGUCCUGAUUGUGUCAGAGCGCAGUUUUUAAAGCAGGAUCCAGAGAUGGCAUCAGUGAAGCUGGAAGACUGCAGUCAAACACUGGAGCUGAAUGUCAACAUUAAAGAGGAAGAAGAGGAGGAGAAGAUUGGGAGGUCUGUUUCUCAUGGUAUGAGGCCGGUAACAUCAACAGUGAGGACAAACCCAGCCCUCCUCUCUCCUUCCACACUGAGUCCAAACCUACAGUCACUGGGUCCUGAUUGUGACAGUGGAGCCCAGUUUGCACUGCAGGAUCCAGAGAUGACAUCAGUGAAGCUGGAAGACUGCAGUCAAACACUGGAGCUGAAUGUCAACAUUAAAGAUGAAGAAGAGGAGGAGAAGAUUGGGAAAUCUGUUUCUCAUGGACGAGAAUUAAGUCUGAGGCCGGUAACAUCAACAGUGACGACAAACCCAGCCUGCCUCUCUCCUUCCACACUGAGUCCAAACCUACAGUCACUGGGUCCUGAUUGUGACAGUGGAGCCCAGUUUGCACUGCAGGAUCCAGAGAUGGCAUCAGUGAAGCUGGAAGACUGCAGUCAAGCACUGGAGCUGAAUGUCAUCAUUAAAGAUGAAGAAGAAGAAGAGGAGGAGAAGAUUGGGACAUCUGUUUCUCAUGGAGACCAUGUUGAGACAUUCUCUACAUCCAGAGAGCAACAGCAGGAAGAUCACAGACCUAAGAGGUCUCACCACUGCCCACAUUGUAAAGAGAUUUUCCCAAUUCUUUCAAAGCUAAAAAUACACCUAAAAAUUCACACAGUUGAGAAUCUGUAUUCCUGUACUGACUGUGGAAGAAUUUCACAACAUCAAAGGCUUUGA